AUGGUGAUGGAGUGGGUGGUCAGGAUUGGGGAAACGUGUGAAGAGUCUGAAGAGCAGUCAGUUGUACGUCAAUCAUUCCCUACUUACCUGCGAAAAUGGAGGGGGUCUCGACAAGUGCUCAAACGUGUAUAUGUCAAACGAGGCUCGCACUGGGUACUGAAGAAAGUGGUUGUGAGAUCGAAUCCCUCGCCUCUUGCAAACUUUCGCAAUGGGCAGUCGGUUUCAACGAGGCAGCCGGAGCAGGAACAAAAUGGCAGCCAAUCCGAUCACGGGAACAUUUUUGAAGAAUCACAAAAAAUCGUCGAGCUUGUUGUAGACCCUGAUAAAAAACCAGAUUCCCCCGCCUUCGAGACUGAUCGUGACCUCGUGAAGCCGCCACCGAUGCAGCAAAGCAGCAAAAUCGCGCGAGUCUCCGAAUUGAUUCGUAAAGGCAACCUUUCCACAGUCGUCACAAAAUCACAAGAAAGCCAAGCGGGAAAGGAACCAACUUGCCUGAUUUGUGGGAAAACCAAACCACCUCUUGACGUCGGAGGACGGAUAGAUUGGCUCUGCUGCUCCAAUGUGGCGAAGUGUCGAGCACGAGCGCAUGAACAGUGUCUUCGUGGAGCACGAUUGAGAUGUUUCGUAUGUCACACAGGAUCGUGGACAGUUUCCAAGGAUUAUGAUGUAGCUGAUGCUCAAUCUUUGUUUGAGGAGCAAGAGGUGAAGAGCGUGCCGCUCAUUCUACAGAAGUAA